GACCUUUCCUUACAAGUUAUAAACAUCAAACUUCCCUCGUUUCCUUCCCAUUUGCAGUAGCAUCACUCUCUUUGGUUAUCCAAUAUGGAGUCUCCUAGCAUUUCCAAGUUCACAAUUCCUCUCUCUUGCUUCUUUACGCUUUUACUGUGUGUUGCCACAUUGAACCCUGUAUUUGCUUCGAAAGUUUGCAACUUUCCGGCAGUCUUUAACUUUGGCGACUCAAAUUCCGACACUGGAGGAUUGUCUGCUACCCUCAGAAGAGCCACACCACCUAACGGGGAGACCUAUUUUCACAGGCCUGCCGGAAGGUUCUCCGAUGGCCGGCUCAUGAUUGAUUUCAUAGCAAUGGGUGUUGGUCUUCCAUAUCUGAGUGCAUACCUUGAUUCCUUGGGAACUAACUUCACACACGGUGCAAACUUUGCCACGGCUGCAUCCACAAUCAGACUACCAUCCAGAAUCAUACCUGCAGCAGAUGGAUAUAGUCCCUUCUACCUUGAUAUCCAAUACUCACAAUUUGUGCAGUUCAAAGAAAGAUCACAGAUUAUAAGACAACAAGGAGGAAUAUAUGCACAUUUGAUGCCCAAGAAGGAUUAUUUUCCUAAAGCUUUAUACACAUUUGAUAUCGGUCAGAAUGAUCUUGGUGAGGGAUUCUUUGGUAACAUGACUGUAGAGCAAGUCAAUGCUUCUAUCCCCGAUAUUCUUGACAAGUUCUCUCUUAAUGUUAAGAAUAUAUAUAAGUUGGGAGCUAGAUCAUUUUGGAUCCACAAUACUGGACCAAUUGGUUGCCUUCCCUAUAUUUUGGCCAAUUUUCCAUCAGCUCAAAGGGACAACCAUGGAUGUGCAAGGCCUUAUAAUGAUGUAGCUCAGUCUUUCAAUCACAAGUUGAAGAAGGCCAUUGUUCAACUCAGGAUCGAUCUUCCUACAGCCGCAAUCACAUAUGUAGAUGUAUACUCUGUCAAAUACUCUCUUUAUAGUGAACCACAAAAAUAUGGAUUUGAGCUUCCACUUGUUGCUUGUUGUGGGUAUGGAGGAAAGUACAACUACAGCAGUAGUGUUGGGUGUGGAGGAACAGUGACUGUGAAUGGAAGCAAAAUAUUUGUUGGUUCAUGUGAGCGCCCCUCGGUCAGAGUAAACUGGGAUGGAAUUCACUAUACUGAGGCUGCCAACAAGGUUGUCUUUUCUCAGAUUUCAACUGGAGCGUUUUCAGAUCCACCUGUACCCUUGAAAAUGGCAUGUCACCAAGUUUAAAUUCCUAUUCA